AUUGCCUCCUCUCGUGUAGUCGCUGGACUUCACAAACUGAGCAGCAAAAACAUCAAGAUGCCAGUUGACCUAAAUGGAUAUUGGAAAAUGAUUUGUAAUGACAACUUUGAGGAGUACUUGAAGGCUCUCGAUGUAAAUAUCGCCAUCAGAAAAAUUGCCUCGUUACUGAAGCCUGACAAGGACAUUUUCCACGAUGGAGACCACAUUAUUAUCAAGACCCUAAGUACCUUCAAAAACUACAACAUGGACUUCUAUGUGGGGAAGGAGUUCCAGGAGGAUCUCUCUGGAGUUGAUGACAGGAAAUGCAUGACUACCAUCACCUGGGAAGGAGACAAGCUGGUGUGUGUGCAGAAGGGAGAGAUUGAAGGAAGAGGUUGGACUCACUGGGUGGAAGGAGAUGAGCUUCAUCUGGAGCUGAGAGCUGCAGGAGUUAUUUGCAAACAGGUCUUCAAGAAGACUUAAUGUGGAUGUCAUCAAAUGAGACAGUGGCCCCAGCUGACACCCCAGACACACUCCACCAGCAUCCUGUUUUCUAUUCAAGCAUCCCUUCAUAGAUUCAUCCUGUCAA